CUUACACACGAUUCCAAGAACUCUUCAAUCUCCAACUUCAAGGAAGCCAGUCAGUUAAUCUACCCAUUUCUUCUUAACAUUUCAAAAUGUCUGGACGUGGUAAAGGAGGAAAGGGUUUGGGAAAGGGAGGUGCGAAGCGUCACAGGAAGGUUCUUCGCGAUAACAUCCAGGGGAUAACUAAACCGGCCAUCCGUCGUCUUGCUCGUAGGGGUGGUGUAAAGAGAAUCAGCGGUCUGAUUUACGAGGAGACGCGUGGUGUAUUGAAGAUCUUUUUGGAAAAUGUUAUUCGUGAUGCGGUUACCUAUACAGAGCACGCUCGCCGGAAGACUGUGACGGCGAUGGACGUUGUCUAUGCUUUGAAGAGGCAGGGAAGGACUCUUUACGGGUUUGGUGGAUAGAUUUUUUAGUUUUAUUUGAAAAAAGUCUUGCUGUCAAGAAUACUCUUCUUCAAUUUCUAUGGUGUUUUGUUUUGUUAAUGGGAUUAGGGUUUCUAUUCUAGUAGUAGUAGUUGUUUAGGAAGGUGAUUGUAACUAGUUUCUUUGCUUGCUUUUUAAUCAAAAACAUCUUUCGUAUUUUAGGCAUAUUACAUUCUAAGAUUGUUUUUUUGUUAUGGAUUUACUUAAUUGUGCUA